AAAAAAUUUUUAAAUAACGAUUUGGUUCAACCUAGGACAACUGAAAAAAUUUUUAACAGAAAGUUAAUGAAUGAAAAUUUCAUUAUCAUGUAUAUAUUUUUUCGCUUGUGAAAUGUAAUUUGCAACAUCAUUACAAUUGAAAUCAUUCGACUUAAAAUUCAACUUUUUUUAUGCUAAAAUGGAAUCGACAACGUUUUCACCAUCAAACAGCACCGAUGGAACGCCAGAGGGACCCUCGGUUGCCGUUGGUUAUGUUGCUGUAGCAAUUACGGUUAUACUGUUUGGUAGUAACUACAUACCAGUCAAAAAGUUUUACUCAGGAAAUGGAAUGUUUUUUCAAUGGAUAUUGUGCACUGGAGUGUGGAGCACCGGAAUGAUAACAGCUGGCAUCAGAGGUUUCAAAGAAUUUGAAGCCCUACCGCUGAUUGGAGGAGCGCUCUGGUGCACAGCCAACUUGACUUCAGUUCCCAUAAUCAACAGCAUUGGACUUGGCAAGGGCCUUUUAGUUUGGGGUUCCUUCAACCUUCUCUCUGGAUGGGCUAGCUCAAGGUAUGGUUGGUUCGGUGUGAAGGAUCAAGCACCACAAAACAAGGCGAUGAAUUACGCUGGCGUGUCCCUUUGUCUCAUUAGUGCUAGUAUAUAUCUGUUCAUAAAAACGAGCGGCAAUGAAGACGAGGAUGAGACGGACUCAGCUGACAGCGAUAUAAAUGAAUUUUCUGUUGAAAGUAACAACAGGAAAUCCGACCCAAAUUAUUCUUCUAAAUCUUUCACGAUUACGCCUGAUGAAGAUAACCAACCAUUUUAUAAAAAGAGUUAUUUCUUAAAAAUUAAAGGAACGCUGAUGGCAGUGAUUGCCGGCAUCAUGUACGGGCUGGUGUUCAUCCCUGUCGUCUACCUGAAAGAUAAUGUUCCUGGCUCCAGCCAAAAUGGUUUGGAUUACGUCUUCCCGCAUUAUUGUGGCAUUCUGUCUGCCAGUACAAUUUAUUUUAUCGCGUAUUCAAUCGUAUCCAAAAAUAAUCCAAUCAUAUAUUCCAAUAUAAUAUUUCCUGGUUACGUGUCUGGUCUGAUGUGGGGGACGGCCUGCAUAGGCUGGUUCAUCGCCAACGACGCACUCUCGGAAUCAAUAUCGUUCCCCAUUGUCGCUACAAUUCCUGGAAUAAUAGCAGCCUUGUGGGGACUGUUCUUCAGAGAGAUAACGGGCUGGAAGAACUAUCUGGUACUUGCAGUAGCAAUUAUAAUCGGGAUGGCGGGAUCAAUACUGACCGGAUUGUCCAAGUAGAUACAUGUUCUACGUGCAAGACAUUGUUUGAAGGACACGUCUGAUAGUAAUAAUAACAACAACAACAACAAUGAUGAUAAAAACAAUAAUAGUAAUAAUAACAGUUUACAAAAUGUUCGCGGGCUUAAAAUAAACAUUUUGUGUGAUUCAGUGAAACUUUCGCUCGUCACUACUUUUUAUUUGAUAAAAUAAUCAUGUUACGGUAUCUUGAUGAACCUUUACCUAUUUAUUUUUCAGAAAGAAAAAAAUGAAAAAACUGUAAAUAUUGAAUGGUAGCGUUUAUAUUAAAUCUCUUCUCAUCUGUAAACUUAUACAUAUUUGAAUUUUUCUGUCAGUGCAUAGAUAUAAAAAAACUAACCAGUUUCUAUAACUAUGGAUCAGCGUUUAGUAUGUUGUUGCCAUAUCAUAUUUUCUCCUUUAUAACUUUACUGGAAGAGAGAUCAGCAAUGACGUCACACAUACGUUUUAAUUUUAAAUGGUCCAGAAAUAUCCAAGACGGCAUGGGUUUGGUGAUCGACAAAAACUAUUUGGUUUAAUGACGCAAACGCUUCCAGAUCAAGUACGACAUUUCAAUUCUUUUUUAUAUUUCAAUGGUCGGUGUCAUAUAUACAUCAAUGUUCAAUCUCUUCUUUUUAUUGUAUAAAUUUUAUGAACGAUAAUAAUUGAAAUGUCUUUUAUUAGCUUUUGCCCCAACAAACAUAAAUUUAGAUUAAAGUAGUUGCACUGUACUGUAUGCCGUCAAAUCUAUUAUUAUUAUCAUCAUACCUAUUAUUAUUAAUUACCUAUCAUUACACAGAUUUGAUUUUUACUAAAAAUAGUUAUGCAACUGUCUUUACCAUGUCCCUUUUGCAUAAUAUCAAAUCUUUCAGAGGUUUUAAAAUAUUAAACCGAAAAAGCAA